GGGUGAUGUCCUCUGUAGAGGCUCUCUGCUCGCAGGGUGUGUGUUUAUGGGCUGUAGAGGCUGAAGGUUCUCUCGGGUUUAUAUUGGGGAGUGGUGGAGUUGUGGGUGGUGGAGCUGAUGGAUUCUCCGGGCCGCAGCGCGGAGCAGCAUAAAGACCACAGAGAGGACUUUACACCUGACACUCAACCUGAAACCUCUCAGCAGCCCACUAACCCAGCACAGCCCCCAGCACAGCCUUCAGCACAGCCUCUAUGCCGCUUCUAUUCCCAGGGACGCUUUUGCCACUUUGGAAAGAGGUGCCACUUCCUCCACCAGAGGUUCAGCCAUGCUCCUCCUCCACCCCCACAGCAGCAGGCAGAGGAGAGAGAGGAUGGAGCUUCUGAGAAGGAAGGGCGCUCGGCCUCCUCCGACCCGAGAACAGCUCCAUCCAGACCGGUGCGAGCCCAGAGGCCGUGCCGGUACUUCAUGUCCGGGUUCUGCAGUAUGGAGGACCGCUGCCGGUUCUGGCAUCCGCAGAAGUUUCCUCCAGUGGAGGAGCAGCCGGCAGCACCCAGAGACAGCAGCAGUAAUGGAGCGAGACCGGUAUCCAGCCGGCCUCCUACAGUUAAAGAGCAGAUCAGACUGGCUGAUCUAACUGAGGAGCUGAUCAGGAAGCUCCGGGAGACAGAGAUCUCCCAGCUGAAGAAGAGAUUUCCUAAAGACAAGCUCAUCAUUCAGGAGAGAGAGGACGGCCAGCUCACCUACUACCGGCUCACUGUGGAGGCCACAGAUCCUGAAUGGCCUUAUGACUUAAAAGAAAUUGAUAUAAUGGUGAGCUUUCCUGACAACUAUCCACAAGAGGUGUUUACAGUGGAUGUUCCAGAGGAUCAGCACUUGCCGUCAGUAAUGGGGAGACACAUACAGUCCGCAUCGCAAGAGUGGCUGCAGGCCAAACACGCAACCAGCCAGUUACUGGGGAAGGUAGAGCUGCUUUUCCGGCCGUACCUGCACUGGUUGGACCGAAGCAUGGAGAGACUCUUCACUGAAGGAGCCAGAGAGCUGAAAAAAGACAUCGAUCUGGAAAGAGCUGGAAUACAGUUUGUUCCCUACGAGCUGCUCCAGGCAACAGUGUGCAGGAACUCUGACGAGCUUCCUGAGGGCUCACGCUCGGAGGAGUCACUGCUCAUUGACUGUAAGGUGAAAGAGGAGUGUGAGUCUGAUGAAGAAGCAGAGGAGGAGGAGGUGAAGAACAGCCAGGGUGAGGAAAACGAGAGCCAGCAGGUGGAGAACAUCAGGAGUAGUGAACCUCGGAAAGGCACUGAGAUUAAACUGAUGGGCCUGAGGCUCGGCGAGGGCACGGCUACAGUGGUGGCGAGGCAGAUCACUGUGUCCAUGCAGUGCAACAGGUGUAAGGUGACCUCUGACCUGAGCCUGAGCGGUGGACCGGCCUGCUCAGCGCAGUGUGAGAAGUGUGGAUCAGAGAUCAGGGCUGGAUUCAGACCCAGCAUGCUCCACCACUACAGCGACGUGCUGGGCUAUCUGGACCUUCACGCAGCUGCAGCCGUGGACCUCGUCCUGCAGGACUGCAGUCUGCGCGUCGGCUGCCUCAGCUGCAAUAACGAAGACAACAUGCAGUGUGUGCCUUAUGGUCAGAACAAGGAAACAAACUGCCAGCACUGUCACAACAAACUCAGCAUCUUCGUGGAGUCUGCACGCUUUCAGUACAUCCAGCCGAAGAUCAGAAAAACUACAGACCCAGAAUCAGCUCUACAAGCCGGCCGCAGUAAACGAGACCCUGCGAUUCAGCGUGGAAAACCCCUUCCAGAGAAAGGCGUCUGCAAGCAUUACAGACAGAGUCAUCGCUGGCUCAGGUUUCCGUGUUGUGGUCGGGCGUACCCCUGUGACGCGUGUCACGAUGAGGAUCAGGACCAUCUCAUGGAGCUGGCAACCAGAAUGAUCUGUGGUUACUGUGCAAAGGAGCAGCCGUACAGCAACGGAAAGCCCUGUGUGGGGUGUGGAGGUAUGAUGACCAGAGGAACUUUCACCAGCCACUGGGAGGGAGGACUGGGCUGCAGAAACAAGGCGAAAAUGAGCAGGAAUGACCGUCACAAAUAUACAAACACCAACAAAACUGUGUCGAGGAAAGCGAACAGCGAAAAGUAGAAUCAUCACAAGAAGAAUAAUCAGAUUCCUGAAUACCAAAUCAAAAUGACCUAUCCAAUCAAAACACACACAAAGAAAAGUACAUUUGUGUUUAUAUGAUUUACAAUGUUUAAAAUCAUUUCUAUUAAAACAGGAUUUGGACUCUAA